AUGCCGCCAAAAGGUUGGAGAAAGGACGCUCAAGGUAAUUAUCCAACUACUUCAUAUGUGAAGGAACAGGAAAAUAUAACGAUCCAUGACUUGUUAUUUCCAAAGAGUGUGGUAGCCGGGUUGGCUAAAGAAGCAGGGAAUAGCGUGAUAAAUUCCGAUGAUUCUAAUGAAGAGAAGAAAACAAUGAUGAUUAAUAAAGAUGCAAGCUUAGCAUUACAAAGAAGUGCGACAGUUUUUGUAAACCAUUUGUUAUUGUUUGCAAGGGAGUUAUCUCGUGAACAAGAUAGGAAAAGUUGUAAUGUGGAUGAUGUUCUAAAUGCUCUUGAUCAAAUAGGAUAUUCUGGAUUUAAAUCAAUAAUUAGAGAAAAAUUAGAUGAUUAUCAGUCAAUUCAGCAUUUAAGAAAGAAGAAGAAGAAACAACAAGAAGUUUCUACUGAAAAUGAAACUAAUAAAGAAAAUAAUGAAGAUAAUGAUAUUCCAAUGGAAGAUGCGAAUAAUCAAACGCCAAAGGAAAGUGCUAUAGAGGCUAGUGAGUCAGCUGACGUCGAUAAUCCAGAAAAUGUAGAAACUCAAGAAGCUAAAAAGCUUAAAUUGGAUAAUGAUAUAAACGAUAAAUAA